CAGCGAAGAAGGAGAAGUCAAGGCGUCUGGAAAGAAUUACCCAGUCCUGGCUCUGAGCAGCCCAUUGAACCGGGGACUUGAACCAGCCAAAGACCUCCAUUCCGCUCUUGCUAGGCUCUGCUGAGUCUUCACCGGACUUUUAGGUUGAUGUGGAAAAAGGAGACUUUGCCUUGUCGGAGGGAAGGGGAUUGGAGCAAAUAGCAAAACAGGGGAAAAUUUAAUUUAUUUUUAAAGCACAUUUAACAAAAAAAUUUAGAAGACUUAAAUGCAACGGAAAUAAUAAAAGAGCAUAUUAAUGCAUUUUCUUCUCAAAGAGGGGAGAACCAAACAUUUAAGGCUCCCCCCAUUUUUUUUUUAAAUGUUGUUUUUAAAUUUCUUAUUUUUUUUGGCCGGUCGUCUCAAAUUCAUCUGAUUUCUUAUUACCUCAAUUUUGGAAACUUCCUUCCACGACCCUCCGGGACCACACAGACAGGCGGAGGACGAGUCUAUGAGCAGGAGCUGAACAAGAUGCAUUGUGAGAGGUUUCUAUGUGUCCUGAGAAUAAUCGGAACCACACUGUUUGGAGUGUCUCUCCUCCUCGGAAUCACAGCUGCUUAUAUUGUUGGCUACCAGUUUAUCCAAACAGAUAAUUACUAUUUCUCCUUUGGGCUGUAUGGUGCCUUUUUAGCCUCACACCUCAUCAUCCAAAGCCUCUUUGCCUUUUUGGAACACCGGAAAAUGAAAAAGUCCCUUGAAACCCCCAUUAAAUUGAACAAAACUGUAGCUCUCUGCAUUGCUGCGUAUCAAGAAGACCCUGACUACUUACGGAAAUGUUUGCAAUCUGUGAAAAGGCUGACCUACCCUGGGAUCAAAGUCGUGAUGGUCAUAGAUGGAAAUUCAGAUGACGACCUUUACAUGAUGGACAUCUUCAGUGAAGUCAUGGGCAGGGACAAAUCAGUCACUUACAUCUGGAAGAACAACUUCCAUGAAAGGGGACCUGGUGAGACAGAAGAGUCCCAUAAAGAAAGUUCGCAACAUGUAACCCAAUUGGUCUUGUCUAACAAGAGUAUUUGCAUCAUGCAAAAAUGGGGUGGAAAGAGAGAAGUCAUGUACACCGCCUUCAGAGCACUGGGCAGAAGCGUGGAUUAUGUACAGGUGUGUGACUCAGACACCAUGCUUGACCCUGCCUCGUCUGUGGAGAUGGUGAAGGUCUUAGAAGAAGACCCGAUGGUUGGAGGUGUUGGGGGAGAUGUUCAGAUUUUAAACAAGUAUGAUUCUUGGAUCUCCUUCCUCAGCAGUGUGAGAUACUGGAUGGCUUUUAAUAUAGAAAGGGCCUGCCAGUCUUAUUUUGGCUGUGUCCAGUGCAUAAGCGGUCCUCUGGGAAUGUACAGAAACUCCUUGUUGCAUGAGUUUGUGGAAGACUGGUACAAUCAGGAAUUCAUGGGUAACCAAUGCAGUUUCGGUGAUGAUAGGCACCUUACCAACAGGGUACUGAGUCUGGGCUAUGCAACUAAAUACACGGCUCGGUCCAAGUGCCUUACUGAAACACCCAUAGAAUAUCUGAGAUGGCUGAACCAGCAGACCCGUUGGAGCAAGUCCUACUUCCGAGAGUGGCUAUACAAUGCCAUGUGGUUUCACAAGCAUCACUUGUGGAUGACCUACGAAGCUGUUAUCACUGGAUUCUUUCCUUUCUUUCUCAUUGCCACAGUCAUCCAGCUCUUCUACAGGGGUAAAAUCUGGAACAUCCUCCUCUUCCUGUUAACUGUCCAGCUAGUGGGUCUCAUCAAGUCGUCUUUCGCCAGCUGCCUUAGAGGAAAUAUCGUCAUGGUCUUCAUGUCUCUCUACUCAGUGUUGUACAUGUCAAGUCUACUUCCUGCCAAGAUGUUUGCAAUUGCAACCAUAAACAAAGCUGGGUGGGGCACAUCUGGAAGGAAAACCAUUGUCGUUAAUUUCAUAGGACUUAUUCCAGUGUCCGUGUGGUUUACAAUCCUUCUAGGUGGUGUGAUUUUCACCAUUUAUAAGGAAUCUAAAAAGCCAUUUUCCGAAUCCAAACAGACUGUUCUCAUUGUGGGAACCUUGAUCUAUGCGUGCUACUGGGUCGUGCUUUUGACUCUGUAUGUGGUUCUCAUCAAUAAGUGUGGCAGGCGGAAGAAGGGACAACAGUACGACAUGGUGCUUGAUGUAUGAUCUCACGAUGAUGUUUUCCGUCACACCUGGAGACACACAUACAACACACAUACACACACAUACACCUUAGCUCCUCAAGGGGCUGUACAGUAUUGUGGCAUUGCACCCUGCCACCACAGGAGACAUAUCACUGCUGCUGGGACUUGAACAAAGACAUAUGAUGGGUUGAGUUUUAAUUCUGCCAAAGCAAAUUGAUACAUCAGUGAGAAGAAAGUGAGAGUGAACCCGACAGUUUUAGGACAGCGGGAUGACGUCUUUGUUUAUGCACUUUUCCCUUACUGUGCAUCCGCUUGACAGUGUUUGUUCUAUAUACCUCACUUGCCAUGCUUUAUGUGGGUGAUUAUGGAAGAAAAGGAUUCUGAAAACUCAAGGGAACACUCUUUCAACCUACACAACCUAACUUAUGGACCGUUUUGAUAGCUGAUUCUUUUCUUUCUAUUUUUGUUCUUAAGGAAAAUUAAUUGUUUGUCUUUACCAAAUGAAAUGCCAAAGGAAAAUCGAAAAGCCACUGGCUAUGCUGUGUUUUGAUAUAAUUGUACUGUGUUUUUAAAUUUUGUACCUAAUUUUUAAAAACAAAAUUUCACACCAUAGUAUAUAUUUUACUUCUGGCAAAAUACACUUGUUCUUUUAUAUACAUAUAUAUAUAAUAAAAUAGGUUCUAAAAAAAAAAUCCGUACUAUAAGAAAUUAACCUGCCCAAAAUGUGAAACGUGGUUGACUGAUGUUCGUGAAAGAAUAAAAUGUUUCUCUUUUUUCUCUACAUUUUAUAAUUGAAUAGUUAUUUCUGUGAAAAAAAUGUAAACUUUCAAUAAUCUAACAUUUUAUUUCUUUUAGAAAGGGCCAAGAUACCGGUCAACUUUUAGGUAAAAAUACAUACUCACGUGUGUACAAGAGCCAAUCAUUAAAGUUGAGGCCGAAAGGGUGGAAAAGUGCAAUUUUUGAAAACAUUUUUUUUUUCAAAAGGGAAUGCUAGUCUUCGGUAAAACAAAAAACAAAAAACAAAAAACACUGGGCUCCUUGUACUGGAUCAAUGUGAUCAUCGGUAGAGAUGGUGGCAGUAUUUGCGUAGGCCUAAAAAAAUGAAAACCUGGUGAGACUUUAUCUUUGUGAUUGGGACAGAUACAAUACAAUCCAUCAAAAGUUUUAUUCUGUGGUCUGAAUGUGGCAGACCUUAGCAUGUACACCUUAAGUGUGUUUCCCCCGUUUAGUGUCUGAAUUUGCAAAUUCACCCUGCCUGGUAGUGAUGUUUCCAGGGGUGAACUCUAACUGAUAUACAACACAAUUCAGAACUGGCACAUUUAUGGUCCCAGUGUCAUCUUUAAUUCUCAGGAAGGGUAUUUUUUCUCAAUUACACAGGCAAUCUCUUCAUCUCUUCCAUACUUGGCCUUCCUAAAACUCUCCACAAGUAGAAAUGACGUCACCAUGUAAUUAGUAUUACUAGGAACUGGUAAAUACAAGAAGUGACUGCACCAGUUCCGCUAAACUUGGCUAAUUCAGUUAGGAUGGGGCCUCAGUUGUUGAAUUUGACUUCUCACAUGAUUUGUCUUGCCUUGUGUGCAGUCCCAUUAGACAUGCGCUCAGAUCCCAAGAAUAGCUGCACAGAAGCCUUGUGGUGAAGCAGACACAGUGUCAAUCUUCUGCUGCCUCACUGCAGACUUCCGUAACACACAUGAAUGUAGCAAGACACUAAAUGUGGAAAAGCUGCACAUUCUACCUUGUGAGUACAAAGUGGUUCCUCCAAGUUCUGAAAAACUGCAACUCUCCCUGUGUGGAGAUCUAGUGAGCAACAAACACACCCUGAAAAUAAAUGAAACUAAAACUUGAGUUUGCCUUUUUAACUAUUUAUGUUCUAAGUUAAGCUUUGAUAACGUUCAAAUGUCAAAUUUUCUCAUUCUUAUAAGAAGUUGAAUUAAUUGCCUUGUAUUUAUUUUAGCAAUUAUUCAAUGUAUUUCCAUUAUAGGAUGUAUAGUAUAAUUGAUUUUUUUUGUAAAUAAAAUAUUUUUGAUAAG